UUCUAAACUUUCCCCUAUUGGGAUUCUUCGGGGCUUUUUUUCCCUUACUCAGGACAUAUUGAGGAUUCAAAAUCAGUUAAGUUUGCUUGUGUUGCAAUUUGUUCAACCCUUUCUCCUAAAAUGACUGGACUGAAUGAAAGGGGGUUCAUUUGCAUAGCCUAGCCUACAGUGUAUUUCGUUACUAAGGUGACAGCGUCAUCUUUUGCCAUUGAGGAUACCAGUAGCCUCAAGACAGAAUAUCAGAUGUCGAGCAUAGGUGGAAACUGCUGUUAAUCCAUGCCUUUUGCAGUGGUCGGACGGCAAACGUUUUCCCCAGGUAUAGGCUAUGCGGUAUUAUCGAAUUUCUGCUUCGGAGAAUUUACGAACAUAUUUGUUUUGCUAAGUCUACUGUUGCAUUGAUGCUUUUAAAAAGUUAAGCUGUAGUAUUUUUUCCCCCACAAAGCUAAGGGAAGUUGUUUGCGUGCGGGGCUGUCUGCCGCUGUUGCUCACCUGCCACCCAAGCUACCCGAGAUGCUGCGACCGCGCCUUCCUACUCUACCGAGACAUGACAAGAGAACUCGCCAAAGUGAGAGACAGUCAGAGCUCCCCGAGGGUGAUGAUAUGGCCCCCAAUCCGUGCAAGGUCAGCGCUAUCAGCAAGGCUGAAGGUCAGGACCAGAUCCGUCUCCUACUUGACGAACACAUCCGUGCAGUUUCGGCGCUUAUUCACCGACUCAACAAGGAUAUUCAGGUAGCUUAGGCUACUAUGGUAAUUGAAUCCAGGGAACACCCGUUUGUGCUAUAGAGAGGUUUUCCUGUGUGUGUGGGUGUAUAAACUGUAUUGAGGUGUGUUUGUAUAAACUGUAUUAAGAUAUGUGUGUGUACAGGGUGUCCAGCAGCAGAUGCAGGCUCAGGAUGAGGUGACCUACAGGACCCAAGCCAGCGUCCGUAAAAUGGAGGUGCAGCAGCUGGUGGUCCUGAGUGACCUCAGAGCCAGAGUGGGGAGGUCAGAGGUCAACAUUAUCUUCAGAGACUUCCUUCUCUGAUACUUCCACUUCCUGCUCUCCCCACCAUCUGUUCCUUUGCCUUCUCACACAGGGAGUCAAGCAGAAGGCCGAUCUGUGGUGCCUGACACACUCUGUUAGUGGGGAAUUUGAGUGGCAGAACCUUUGUUUUAAAAACAAGAUUUUAAAUGUAGGCCUACAACUAUCAGAUCCAGUCCAGUUCAGCUUGCAGUGCAGUGUAGGAAUAAGAGAGGACUUCCCUGCAACCAGUCACUAUUCUCUGUGUAUGCGUAUGCUCAAAGAAGAACCUGAGCGCAUCAUUAGAGUCCUGAUCAUCCCAGCGAUAAAACGGCUGAUCUCACUACAGGUCUAAUGAGGUGUGACGACAGCAUUACCAGGCUGGCUGCUGAUUUCCGCAGCACCAACGAGAGAAUUUACAAGAUGAUACGACAGCAUCACGGCUCCCAAACACUCAUGGAGUCCAAGCUCAGAGAUUUGGAAGCACAGGUCCGUUUGCAAUGCAGCAAAGCAGUGCGAGGACGCGCCCUAGAGCACACCAGCACACCAUCAAGCAACACACUGGACACAAAACUAACAGCCGCAGGGCAGAGCGGUCUGAGGGAGCAGGAGUGUGUGCUCAGGGAUGCCGUGGAGAAGAUCGCCAAGCUGUGUCAGUCCAUCAAAAACAAAACUAGUAGCGAUGAGAAGGCCAUGGUGGAGAGAUGUGUCCAGCUGUCGGACAGGCUGACCAGACUGGAGAUUUCCCAGAGGAGGCGGGCCCCGCCACACCCCGACUGCAGCCUGGAGGAGUUGAUUGACAGCCGCAUCAGCAAACUGCAGAAGCAACUCUGGGAGGAGCUGCAGGAAAUGAAAGCAGAGACCAACAAUGGAUUUGCCAUCGUCCAUGACAGCCUGGGGUCUCUGAGGAAGGUCCUGGAGGCCAAGAUGAAGAUGGAGAGAGAUCGGCUCCUGAGGCGUCUUAGGGUGAAGGAGGAGAGAUCGGCUCCUGAGGCUGUUUUAUGGUGA